UUGACACUUUAACAAAUGAAGUCAUCCAAAUGAAAAGACAACUGGUAAAAGUGCAAGAAAACCAAAGUAAUGUUGAAAAGAAAGUGGAUAUUUUGAUUCAAAUGCUACACUCAAAAACAAAUGAACCAAAAAAAGGAAGCCAAAAGAUUAACGUCCCUGCACAAAUUGCACAAUCAAUAAGGGAUGGUUACCAGCAGGGUAUCACUGAAAAGGAUUUCAUCUGGAAAACAAAGAACGAAGCUGGCAGUAUUCUUAAAUAUAAUUCAGCAGAGAACAAAGAGAUGUCCGGAUUCAUCAUUGAAUUCGUAAAAGGCCAAUAUCCUGACGAAGUGGAGGGUGUUGUUAGAGAAGGAAUAAAGACAAAUUUUGAAUCGUUCAAAGCAAAGAAACGAAGAGAAGAGACUGGUAAACAAGAAGAACAUAACAAGAAAAUGGCUGUGUACAGCAGAAUGAGAAGAAAAUUAAACAACAGAAAAAAGGCAUUAAAAGAAAAAUCCAGUACGCCAAAGGAACAAAAAGAAACAGUCAUGCAAAGUAUGGAGAUGCAGUAUAUGUCUUCUGAACAAACAGAUUCAGAAGACGAAGGAUCGUUUAUCGUCAGACCUCUGCCUUGGAGGUCUGACGAUUUUGACAAAUUAGUAAAAAAACUAGACCAAAAACAUGAUGGAAAACUAACCAAGAGAAGCAGACGGCAGCAUAAUAGGCGAAAGGUUGGGGCAGUUUCCUCAAGGAAAAAACCAGAAGUCGUGCCAGGACAUGAAUGGGUGUUUAGAUAGUAAAAGUCAUUGAUUAAACUUUUCAGUCAUCACGAAAUCAAAUAGAUGCGAACAGAAAGACAAAAAAUACACCUUCAUGUCGGAUGUCAGCAUACCGUCUUCAACAACAACAAGCGGUUCGUAGGAGGAUGUUUUGAUAAAAAAUAGUAAAUAUUAAGUGCUUCUUGAAACAACAGUACUGUCGCAAUAGGCAAAACUAUCUACAAAUAACAAGAACAAUACACAUGUCAUUUGCAAAACAAAAUUAUUACCUUUUUGAUUUGAAACCUAACAUCACGGAAAAUAUAUGUAAACAAUUAUCAUUUUAUAGAAUUGUCAUG